AUGCCAGGUUCCGCCCCUUCGAGCACGAACUCCGAUUCUGUGGCUCCAGGGGACUACUCCAUCCCGUCUGAGGCAAAGAAACUGCUCUGGGAUGGCAUCUUGAACAACCCUUUGCAUGCUUCACUCCCCGAAGAAGUGAAGGAUGCUGCUAAAGUCGUUGAAUAUAUCGGAUCCAAGGCCCCCGCCUUCCACAUCAACUGGAGGUUCGCUGAAAGCAUCUCAGCUCUCAAGGGAUUCCAAGCCGCCAUGCUCAACGUACUCUUGAAGAAGAAAUACGGCGUCGACUACCAGAAGGUCGUGAUUAACAGCGACCAUGCCCAAUUAUUCAUCUUCUCGGCGAUGCUUCCUGUUAUCGACCCUGAAGGCGCAAAUGUCGCACCAGGUUUUACAAAAGAGUACGAGCGCUAUUUCCCAAACACGAACCUCCACAGGCACUACAUCCAAUCUCCCUGUAUGAAUAUCUACAAGACCAAGGAUAACCGAUUCUAUCACAUCCAUGCUCAAACGACCACAGGGAGCGUAAACUACGCCAUUGGCGCAGGGAUACUAGGUCUCACCGAGAAAGAAGAGUUCGCCCCAUGGGAAGAAGGCCGAAACGCCUACCAAGCCAAAGUAGCCGAAUGGAAUGCUCAAGACCUCGACGUCGAAUGGAACGACAAGAACCGACAAGCAGGCACCAUCUGUCUGACCAAGGAAGAAUACUUCGCCUCAGAGCACGGCAAAGCCAAUGCCCAUGUUGGUCUCUACGAGAUCCACCACUUCUCCAACCCGAAGCAGCUCGCCAGUUGGUGGACGUCUCCCCCUCCUAGCAAUCCUGACCCCGGUCCAACUCGACCACUCUUCGGGUUGAAAGUCAUCGAUUUGACUCGGAUGAUCGCCUCUCCGACUAUUUGUCGAGAGCUAGCAGAGAUGGGCGCCAGCGUCCUGCGGAUAACCUCCCCCAACAUCACAGAUCUGCACAACAUCAACCUAGACGUGAACUGGGGCAAGUGGAACGCGCAUUUAGAUCUGACGAAGGAGGAAGAUCGGGCGACGCUCCGAAAGUUAAUCGAGGAGAGCCAUGUCGUGGUUGACGGGUAUCGGCCGGGAGUCAUGCAAAAGUUUGGUUUCGGAAAGGAUGAUGUGUUGGGGUUCUUCAAGGACAAAGAACGUGGUAUCAUCUAUGCUCGAGAGAACUGCUAUGGCUGGAACGGUCCCCUCGCCCAUCGUUCCGGAUGGCAGCAGAUCAGCGACGCCCACUGCGGAACCUCUUACGAAUUCGGCAGAGCAAUGGGCGUCGACGAGCCCGUAACACCCAUCUGGCCAAACUGCGACUACUGCACCGGUGUAGCAGGAGCCACCGCCGUCCUCGAAGCCCUCAUCAAACAAUCACAAGUCGGGGGUUCAUACGUUCUCGACAUCGCCCUAAACUACUACUCCCAAUGGUUAAUCAAAUCAUGCGGGACAUACCCCAAGCAAGUCUGGGAAGAAGUCUGGAAUAGGUUCGGACGCCCAGUCUACCGCCACUGGGACAGCAUGGGCGUCACCAUCCCCCAAUACAUCACCGCUCUCAAAAACGCCAACUCGCCCAUCCUCAGCCCCGAUUUCUUCGAGGAUAGACCCAACAAAGCUAUCGGAGCACCCGUUCGAACUAUCAAACCCAUCUUGAACUUCCCAGACGGCCUUGUGCAGCUCAAGUACAACGUCGGAUCGAGAGGCAACGGGGUGGAUAAACCCAAGUGGCCUGAGGACCUGUUGACAGAGGUCGUCGUUUAG